UCAAUCGGUCGGGAUUUCGGAACCAACGGGAGGAUCGCCGGAGAGGGAUUUGGUGAUAAAAACAGCUCAUUCUGGGAGAAGAUACAACAUUAUAUGGCCACAUAAAUACACAACGAGCUACUUUAUCCAGCAUUUCACAAUGGAAAGUGAACUAUGAGGUGUCGUGUAGUGCAGAAGACUGAGUGAACCAUGGCACAGUUCCCCACCACAUUCACAGGUCCAGAUGUGUUUCUGAUCUCAGUGGAUGAGAGAGCCAAAUAUGAUCAGCAGUUUCACAGCCUCUCUCCGACUGCCGGGGGUUACAUCACAGGUGACCAAGCCAGGAACUUCUUCCUUCAAUCAGGACUGCCCCCUCCCAUCCUGGCCCAAAUCUGGGCUCUGGCUGAUAUGAACAGUGAUGGUCGUAUGGACAUCCACGAGUUCUCCAUCGCCAUGAAACUCAUCAAACUUAAACUCCAGGGUCACCCUUUGCCUUCCACGCUUCCUCCCAGUAUGAAACAACCCCCACUGCCUUUACCCCCGCAGACCGGCUUUGGCUUGCCCUCUAUAGCUCCCAUCGCAGCUCCUCUUUCAGGCAUGCCUCCGCUCCCUCUGCCUCCUCUCCCUGUCGGAGUUUCUCCCCCGCUUAUCUCGUCUGCCCCACCUCCCCUCCCCCAGCCCAUCGCCAACGGCGCUCCUCCCACAGGCAUGAUGCAGCCCAUCUCAGGCUUCUCCCACCCAGCUCCCUCUGUCAACAAGUCGUCUUCGUUUAAUCGUUCCAGUACCAAGUUACAGAAGGGGCCAUCCUUGGACGCUGCUAGUGUUCUGCCCCCCCCUGAUUGGGCCGUUCCUCAGUCCUCCAGGCUGAAGUACAGACAGCUUUUUAACUCCCAUGACAAGAUGAUGAGUGGUCACCUCACAGGUCCCCAGGCUCGCACUAUCCUAAUGCAGUCCAGCCUUCCUCAGGGCCAGCUGGCCACAAUAUGGAGUCUGUCAGAUAUCGACCAGGAUGGAAAGCUAACAGCUGAGGAGUUUAUCUUAGCCAUGCACCUCAUAGAUAUGGCGAUGUCAGGGUUACCGCUACCCCCUGUGUUACCACCAGAUUACCUCCCACCCACAUUCAGGCGCGUUCGGAGUGACAGUGUUCAGUCGGACCAGAAGAGUGUCCAGGAGGAGGCAGAGGAGGAGACGGAGAGCAGCCAGGAAAAGAAACUACCAGUGACGUUUGAGGAUAAGAAAAGGGAAAACUUUGAGCGAGGAAACCUGGAGUUGGAGAAGAGACGUCAGGCUCUGCAAGAGCAGCAGAGGAAAGAGCAGGAGAGGCUGGCUGCACUGGAGAGAGAGGAACAGGAGAGAAAGGAGCGUGAGCGUCUUGAGCAGGAGAGGAGAAGACAAUAUGAACUAGAAAAACAACUGGAGAGACAGAGAGAGCUGGAGAGGCAGAGAGAAGAGGAGAGACGCAAAGAGAUAGAGAGGAGAGAGGCUGCUAAGCGUGAAUUAGAGCGUCAGCGUCAGUUGGAGUGGGAGCGCCAACGUCGCCAAGAGCUUCUGACUCAAAGAAACCGAGAGCAGGAAAGUAUAGUGCUGCUCAAAGCCAGGAAGAAGACCUUGGAGUUUGAACUGGAGGCCUUGAAUGAUAAAAAGUCCCAGUUGGAGGGCAAACUGAAGGAUGUUCGGUUUCGUCUGACGGCUCAGCGGAGAGAGGUGGAGCAGACCAAUCAGACCAGAGAAACACGCAUUGCUGAAAUCACCUUGCUACAACAGCAGCUGCAGGACUCCCAGCAGUGGUUGGGGAGGCUAAUUCCUGAUAAACAGAGUCUCAACGACCAGCUGAAACAGGUUCAACAGAACAGUCUGCAUCGUGAUAGUCUGUCGUCCCUGCAGAAGGCUGUGGAGCAGAAGGAGAGCAGCAGACAGCAGCUCAGAGAACAGCUAGAUGCUGUGGAGAGAGAGACGAGGGCCAAACUGCUGGAAAUUGAUGCUUUCAACACACAGCUGAAGGAGCUGAGGGAGAUCCACAGCCGGCAGCAGAGACAGAAACAGAGGGAGCUGGAAGGAGACACACACACACUGACACACACACACUCGCACAUGCACACGCCGAUCGAGAGAAAGUCUGCCGAACUGCAGGAGAGCAGGUUGUCUUCAGAAGAGGGCGUGGCAUGGAGGGAUGAAGCAGGAAGCUCGGCCCCCAUAGCUCCUAGCCCCCCAUCUGUCUCGGCGCCCCAUGUGUGGCUAAACAGAGUGACUCAGGAAGAGGAGGAGAGGAAGAGGAGAGGGAUGGAGGAGGAGGAGGAGGAAGGGGGCCGGAAGGGAGCAGGAUCUGUAGAAGAGAAUGAGGAUGAGGGUAGAGGCAAGAAGGACAUGCACGAGAAACUGAACAAGCUGUUCAGUCAGCCGACCGACCCCUGGGCUUCAACAGCGGAAAAGGCUCCGGGACCCAGUUUGUUUGACCAGAAGGCUCCGGGACCCAGUUUGUUUGACCAGAAGGCUCCGGGACCCGGUUUGUUUGACCAGAAGGCACCAGUCGGCGGCUUCGACCCGAAGGCACCAGUCGGCGGCUUCGACCCGAAGGCACCAGUCGGCGGCUUCGACCCGAAGGCACCAGUCGGCGGCUUCGACCCGAAGGCACCAGUCGGCGGCUUCGACCCGAAGGCACCUGUCGGCGGCUUCGACCAAAAGACACCAGUCAGUAGCUUCGACCAACAGCAGCCGCCAGUGAAAGUGGUCUACUACAGGGCUGUAUAUCCAUUUGAUGCUCGUAGCCACGAUGAGAUCAGCAUUGCUCCCGGAGAUGUACUGAUGGUGGAUGAAUCUCAAACAGGGGAACCCGGUUGGCUGGGAGGAGAGCUCAGGGGGCGAACUGGUUGGUUUCCAGCCAAUUACGCUGAACGGAUACCCGACAGCGAAGCACCAAUCAGCUUGCGUGCAACAGCCUCAGCUACACCCAACUCAGCCCAACAGCCAAUAUCCACGCCUCCCCCAGCACCCGGACAGUCCUCCUCCUCCACCUCCUCCGCCAACAGUAACUGGGCCGACUUUAGCACCACCUGGCCGUCCAACACAGCCAAUCAAUCAGACAGCGAGGGGUGGGACGCAUGGCCGACCUCUUCAACGAGUCAGAAUCCUUCGCUCAGUGUUCCCUCGGCGCAGCUACGACAGCGCUCCGCCUUCACACCUGCGACGAUGACGACGGGCUCCUCUCCGUCUCCUGUGCUGGGACAGGGGGAGAAGGUUGAAGGUCUUCAAGCUCAGGCCUUGUAUCCCUGGAGAGCGAAGAAGGACAACCACCUCAACUUCAACAAAAACGAGAUAAUAACAGUGUUGGAGCAGCAGGACAUGUGGUGGUUAGGGGAACUGCAGACCGGACAGAGAGGCUGGUUCCCCAAAAGUUAUGUCAAGCUCAUCUCCGCCACCAUGACGCCCCCGCCUGGCGCCACACCACGCAGCAAAAACACCAGUGAAUCUGUGUCAGAGAGCCCACCCAAUGGAAAACGCCCCUCCCCUUCCCCAACGAAACCUUCGGAGUCUGGAGAAGAGUACGUGGCCAUGUACACCUACGAGAGCAGCGAACAGGGGGACCUGAGUUUCCAGCAGGGAGAUAUUGUCAUGGUGACCAGGAAAGAAGGGGAUUGGUGGACGGGUAUGGUCGGGGGCAAGACCGGAGUCUUCCCUUCCAAUUAUGUCAAACCACGAGACUCAGCCUCAGAGUCUUUGGGACCAACAGGGAAGACGGGCAGUCUGGGAAAGAAACCAGAGAUCGCUCAGGUGAUCGCCCCCUACAGUGCUACAGGAGCAGAGCAGCUGACGUUAGCUCCAGGACAGCUCAUCCUCAUCAGAAAAAAGAAUCCAGGGGGCUGGUGGGAGGGUGAGCUCCAGGCACGGGGGAAAAAGCGCCAGAUAGGUUGGUUUCCGGCCAACUAUGUGAAGCUGCUCAGUCCCAGCACCAGCAAGACGACGCCCACGGAGCCCACCCCUCCUAAACUGGCUCCUGCCAGCACAGCUGUGUGUCAGGUGAUCGGCAUGUACGACUACGUGGCCCAGAAUGACGACGAGCUGGCCUUCCUGAAGGGUCAGGUGAUCACAGUGCUCAGCAAGGACGACUGUGAUUGGUGGAAAGGAGAGCUCAACGGGAGGGAGGGUCUGUUUCCCAGCAACUACGUCAAACUCACCACGGAUACUGACCCGAGCACGCAGUGGUGCGCCGACCUCCACCUGCUGGACAUGCUGAGUCCCAUGGAGAGGAAGAGGCAGGGAUACAUCCACGAGCUGAUCGUCACUGAGGAGAACUACGUCAACGAUCUGCAGCUCGUCACAGAGAUCUUUCACAAGCCUCUCCUGGAGUGCGAGUUGCUGACGGAGAAGGAAGUGGCCAUGAUCUUUGUCAACUGGAAGGAGCUUAUCAUGUGCAACAUCAAGCUGCUCAAGGCUCUGAGAGUGAGGAAGAAGAUGUCAGGUGAUCGGAUGCCUGUGAAGAUGAUUGGUGACAUCCUGACCAACCAGCUGCCUCACAUGCAGCCAUACAUCAGGUUCUGUUCGUGUCAGCUGAACGGAGCCACUCUGAUUCAGCAGAAGACGGACGACAACCCUGAGAUCAAAGACUUCUUGAAGAGGUUAGCCAUGGAUCCCAGGUGUAAGGGAAUGCCUCUGUCCAGCUUCCUGCUCAAACCUAUGCAGAGAGUUACUCGCUACCCGCUCAUCAUCAAGAACAUCAUAGAAAAUACUCCAGAGUCACAUCCAGACCACAGCCAUCUGAAAGCUGCUCUGGAGAAAGCAGAGGAGCUGUGCUCUCAGGUGAAUGAGGGCGUCAGGGAGAAGGAGAACUCUGAUCGUCUGGAGUGGAUUCAGGCUCACGUCCAGUGCGAAGGCCUGUCUGAGCAACUGGUGUUUAACUCCGUCACCAACUGUCUGGGUCCCAGGAAGUUCCUCCACAGCGGGAAACUGUUUAAAGCCAAGAGCAGCAAAGAGCUCUACGGCUUCCUGUUCAAUGACUUCCUGCUGCUGACGCAGGUGACCAAACCUCUGGGCUCGUCAGGCUCGGACAAAGUCUUCUCCUCGAAAACACACCUGCAGUACCGCAUGUACAAGACGCCAAUCUUCUUAAAUGAAGUGUUAGUGAAGCUGCCGACGGACCCGUCAGGAGAUGAGCCUCUGUUCCACAUCUCUCACAUAGACCGAGUUUACACACUCCGAGCAGAAAGUAUCAAUGAAAGGACGGCGUGGGUUCAGAAAAUUAAGGCAGCUUCAGAACUUUUCAUUGAGACAGAGAAGAAGAAGAGAGAGAAGGCGUAUCUAGUGCGUUCUCAGAGGGCCACAGGUAUUGGUCGACUGAUGGUCAACAUUGUGGAGGGAAUCGAGCUCAAACCCUGUCGCUCCCACGGAAAAAGUAACCCAUACUGUGAGGUAACCAUGGGUUCGCAGUGCCAUAUCACAAAAACAUUACAGGACACAUUGAAUCCAAAGUGGAACUCGAAUUGUCAGUUUUUUAUAAAGGACCUGGAACAGGACGUCCUCUGUGUCACUGUGUUUGAACGAGACCAGUUCUCGCCUGACGACUUCCUGGGCAGGACAGAGAUCCGGUUGGCUGAGAUAAAGAAGGACCAGGGCUCUAAAGGACCAAUCACGAAGCGGUUGCUGCUCCACGAAGUUCCCACAGGAGAGAUUGUGGUCAGGUUGGACCUCCAGCUGUUUGAAGAACCCUAAAACCUGGACAGGGUCCUACUGGACUGGAUUGGACCAAAAAGGAACUAAGAGAUACGAUGCGGAUCCGACAGUUGGGCCGGAUUAGACAGGACUGGAAGAUUCGACUGAUCUGGUUCGGUUUCUUAUUCUUUACAGGCUGUUUACGUUUAAGGUGUUCAGUACAUUCAGCGGAGGGAAAGUAUCUGUUUACUUGCUUGUUAAAAUAAAAGAGAAAAUAAUAAUAUUUAGUAAAUUAGGAACAGCAAUGCUGGAUUGCCCGGGCCGAUUAAACUAGCCGCACCUAAAUCUGGAGUGCACACGUAUUCAAGCCUUUAUGGUAAAUCCACUGAAAGGUCCCAGAGCGUGCUGACAGGCAGGUUAUAGACUCACUUUGUCUCUUUACAAAGACGAGUGUUGCAGUAUGAGAGUCCUGCCUGAGGAGAGGCUGGGAAGUCCUCAUGUUACGCCGGACGAGAACCACAUACAACAUUAUUUAUCAAACUGGCUCGGACUUGAUGAAUUUAGCACGAGGAGGAAACACAUGUGACAACGUCCGGUUUUCAA